CUGAUUGGUGUAGCCCCUCCCAUUCUCUCCUGUCACCCGUAGCUUGUACUGCCGGGGCCGGAGGAGGAGAGAAGCCCCGGCAUCAUGGAGAGCAAUAGGGAUGAGGCAGAGCGCUGUGUUCGGAUAGCAAAGGCGGCCAUAGAAGCCGGAGACAAGGAGAAAGCAAAGAGGUUCCUCAGUAAAGCAGAGAGACUGUAUCCGAGCAGCGAGGCCCGAGCUUUGUUGCAAGCUUUUGAAAAAAAUGACACAGCGGGAAAUGGACCACAAAGUGCAAAAAUGGCAAAAGGUACAGAACAACCCAAAGCAGAGAAAGACAGCAAUGCUUCUGCAAGUAGCGAUACAGGAAAAGGCCAUACACAGGACCAGCUGGAUGGUGUACAAAGGAUAAAAAAAUGUAAAACAUAUUAUGAGGUAUUAGGUGUUAGUACUGAUGCUGGAGAGGAGGAUUUAAAAAAGGCCUAUCGAAAGCUGGCUUUGAAGUUUCAUCCUGAUAAAAACCAUGCACCUGGUGCCACAGAAGCUUUUAAAAAAAUUGGAAAUGCCUAUGCAGUGUUGAGUAAUCCAGAGAAACGGAAGCAAUACGACCUUACCGGAAGCGAGGAUCAGAUGCAGAACAAUCACAGAAAUGGUGGCUUUGACUACCACAGAGGCUUCGAAGCAGACAUCACACCUGAAGAUUUGUUCAAUAUGUUUUUUGGUGGAGGCUUUCCAUCAGGAAGUGUACAUACAUUUUCCAAUGGACGGGCUAGGUACAGCCAUCACCAGCAUCAUCAUCAUAGUGGCCAUGACAGAGAAGACGAGAGGGCAGAUGGUGGUUUCUCCAUGUUUAUCCAGCUGAUGCCUAUAAUUGUUUUGAUUCUUGUGUCCUUGCUGAGCCAAUUCAUGGUCUCCAACCCACCAUACAGUUUAUAUCCAAGAUCUGGUCAAGCGACUAAACGUGUAACAGAAAAUCUUCAAAUUGCCUACUAUGUGAGCAAGGAUUUUCAGUCUGAAUAUAGUGGCAUAUUGCUUCAAAAACUAGAGAAAAACAUUGAAGAGGAUUAUGUGGCUAAUGUCCGAAAUAACUGCUGGAGAGAGAGGCAACAGAGAUCAGAUUUAAUGCAUGCUGCAAAAGUGUAUCGGGACGAGAGACUAAAAGUGAAAGCAGAAUCCAUAUCUAUGGAAAACUGUAAAGAACUUAAUCGACUCACAUCACUUUUUCGAGGUGGAUGAAAUGCAAGAUUAUAGCUUUGUUUCUUUGGACAUCCUUUUUUUCUGUAAAAUACAAGCUAAGUGCUUUUACCAUGACUCACCAUACAGGGAGUAAAUAUGAACCAUUCAUCUGGCUAAUUCGGGCUUAUUAAACAUCCUGACAACUUGAAAGUCACAGGGUCCAUAUUUUUAUUUAACAUUGAUUUCCAUGUAAGUGGUUUAUUUCAAGAAUACAAAAAAAA